AUGAAUUCGAGCAAUCCCUCCUAUCUGAUUGUCGGCGCCGGCGUCUUCGGCGUGUCGACCGCCUACCAUCUCAUCCAGAAAUAUCCCAACGCCAGUGUGACUUUAAUUGACCGAGAUGCGUACGACGCAGAGUCACGCGUGGCUGCAUCAUGGGAUUGGAACAAGGUAGUUCGCGCGGACUAUGAUGACAAAAUCUACUGCAGACUAGCCCUCGAGGCUCAGGAAAUUUUCAAAUCGGACCCUCUUUGGCAGCCAUUUUUCCACCAGACAGGUGUCUAUUGGACAUGUCGCAGUGACUAUGCACAAAAUGUCAUCAACAUCCAUAAAGAGCUGGGACGCAAUGACGAUAUAAUUGCUCUCCCAGUCGCCGAGGCUCGAAAGCUCUACGGCGGGGUUUUCGACAAUGCUGAUUACACCGGCGUGAAGGAGGUUUUGGUGAACAGAGCCAGUGGCUGGGCGGCUGCUGGUGAUUCACUCCGAGCAAUCACCAAACGGUGUAUAGAAUUGGGUGUCAAGUACAUCACGGCCGACGUUGCGACCUUGGAAUUCGAUGGUCGCGGCUCUUGCACUGGUGUCAAGACGAAAUCCGGGGAGGUGGUGUCUGCUACAAAGGUCAUUGUGGCUGCGGGAGCAUUCACGCCCACAUUACUGGAGUGGAGUGCUGCGAAGAGCGGAAAUGCAGGUCUACGAGCCGGAGAGCGAAUCCUGGCCGCUGGUAUAACGACAGGAAUGGCACAGCUGAAUGAGGAGCAAUAUACGAAGUACAAGGAUAUGCCGGUUGGUUUCCAAGGAUAUACACCAGCUGAGGGCAAGCCUUUUAUUGGCAGCAUUCCACCGACCAAAGAUGGAGAGAUGAAAUGGUGGGGAUCGAAGAUCUUCACAAACACUCGAGAAGUCCUGCCAGGUCGACACAUUUCGUCCCCUCCACCCACACACGAUUACAACCAGUGGAAGGUGCCCGGACCUUUGAAGCAGGAUAUUGUCGAAUCUCGAAACUUGUGGUAUGGACCUAAGAGUGCGGAUUGGAAUAUGACGAAGCACCGAAUCUGCUGGGAUGCUUUCACCACUUCUUCCGAUUUCAUCAUUUCACCCCACUCCGCUUCCAAGGGUCUUUAUGUCGCGACGUGCGGCUCAUUUCAUGGGUAUAAGUUUUUCCCUGUACUUGGAAAGUACAUCACACAGAUGAUCGAGGGUGAGCUGGAGUCCGAAUUGGUAGAGAAGUGGGCUUGGGAUAGACAGCGUCCUGAUUCUUCGCAAAACGUUGAAUAUCCGAACGCCGAGAUGAAGCAUCUGUUGCAGCCCGCAGCGAAGCUCUAG